UAUUUAUGACUUUGAAUAGGUCACUCUAAAUUGGACGUUGACAAACAUGAAUGUCAAUUUACUUAGCUCGUUGCUGCUUAUGCUCAUGGCUAACACGGCUAUCUCGGGUCCGGUUCCAAAUUACGUAGAAGGCAGCCUUAUUUCGAUACCCCUUGAUCGCAAUGGAUACCCAAUGAGUUUCGACAGCUAUAAUCAAGUUAGUAAUGCAGACUUGUUAAAAGCCUUGUUGCCGACCUCUGAGAAAGACCAACCUGCCGCCAAACUGACCGUUACCUAUGAGAACAAGGCCAAUGAAUUCCGAACGGUAAUUCACAAUUUAACGGAAGAACUUGCGGAUGAUUCAGAUGCUGCAGAGCUAGAGGGAGGUCCAUUUAAACUUGAAGAUAUGCAUGCUAUUGGAUAAAGGAAAACUUAAAUUGAAUCUAAAAAAUUGUA